CCUCCCGUUCUUUAUCAGAGCCCCCGAAAUAAGUGGGAAUGGGCAGUGGCUGCUCACACUCCGCGCACCUUUUCCAUUUGCUAAUAAGGCCCCGCCAGGCUGGAAGGGAGUUGUCCCUGUCUCACUCUGGAGAAAAGCGCCACUAAGACGAUCCACAAGGCGAUCCUUGAGCACCAUGAAACUCAUUCAAGUGACCAUCCUUUGUCUUCUUCUGCCCAGUCUCUGUAGCAGUAACAACACCACAGAUGUUGGAAAUACAGCCCCUCAAGGAUUAACAUCACCAGCGGUUCCUUCAGCAACUGCAUCUGUACUAACAAAAACCACAAUGUCAAAUACUGUUACGGAAUCAACAAGUGAAAUGUCUAUAGGAACAACCAGUAAGAAACUCUCAAGUACAUCUUUGCAGCCAACACAUUCUUCGUUAACGGCAACACUUAAAAGUGAAGGAGCCACAACCAGUGUCAUCACGGAGAUUGAGGUAACUGUCACAAAUGCAACAGUGACAAAGAUUCCACUUUCAAAUGUUUCUUCAACAUUACAAAGUUCCCAACACAAGACUGAGAAUCAGAGUUCAAUCAAAACAACAGGAACACCAGGGGAAGGUUCUCUACCUCCAGAGGGGUCAACUUUUCAUACCAGUACAUCACCCUCAGUCUCAGUAACAAUGCCAGGAAACAACUCCCAGUUUCAAGGUACUGGAGAUGCAAAAAACGCAAGCUCUUCUUCAGUCAACCCCUCUUACUCCAGUAUUAUUUUGCCAGUGGUGAUUGCUUUGAUUGUAGUGACACUUUCUGCAUUUGUUCUUGUGGGUUUGUAUCGAAUGUGCUGGAAGACAGACCCAGGCACACCAGAAAAUGGAAAUGACCAACCUCAGUCUGAUAAAGAGAGUGUGAAGCUUCUCACUGUUAAGACGAUUUCUCAUGAGUCUGGUGAGCACUCUGCACAAGGAAAAUCCAAGAACUGACAGCUUGAUGAAUCCUCCCCACACCUGGGCAAUAAAUAUGCUUAAUCUUCAGCUUCUGUGCUCCAGGGAUAAGAAGGGAUAUUCAAUUUGUGGACUCAAUCCUGACUUCCAUUCCUGCUCUCCAGUCUGUGCCAGUCACCUGUCCCAAUAAAGUGAUGUCCAGAUGACACGCAAUAAUUUUAGAGAAUCACAAAGAAGCCUGGGCCUCUCCCAUCAUUUGAGAAGUGAAAAAGCACAUUCUUACAUUUUACAGGAAUAUUCUUAGGAGAUUGAGUUUUAGGAAGGAUAUUUGUGAGCAGUUAUCCUGACAGCCUCGGCAGGUGGGUUCAUGAUGACAUGACCUUCGAGUUUAAAGUUUCCAGAGCCAACAGUUCUUAUCCAUGGAGACUUUCCUAUUUUCUUGGUGUUCUUAUAUUACCUGACGUUUGUAUUUAUUGUUUUGUACUAUGUUAAUGCAGGGACAAUUUGCAAGUGUAUUAUUAAAUUUAGGUAGAAAUCAUGCCAUGCCACUUUGUACAUAAAGAUACUUUAUUUGUAUUUUCAUGUGUUACUUUUAAUAAAUACUUACUAUAUUCAAUUCACUAAAAA